GGGAGAGAUCACAAGCUGGUGUGAAACCAUUUACAGUAACAAAAAAUGGCAAAGGCCAGUGUGUUAUUAGCGCAAGAUGAGUUCAGCUGUCCAAUCUGUUUGGAUCUCUUAAAAGAUCCAGUUACUAUUCCCUGUGGACACAGUUUCUGUAUGGAUUGUAUCUCAGGCUGCUGGGAUCAAGAGGAUCCAAAGGGAGUCUACAGCUGUCCACAGUGCAGACAGACUUUUACUCCAAGGCCAGUUCUGGGCAGAAACACGAUGCUGGCUGACGUGGUGGACAAACUGAAACUUCAGGGACUCCAGUCUGCUCCUGCUGCCCACUGCUAUGCUGACCCUGGAGAUGUGGAGUGUGACGUCUGCUCUGGGAGAAAGCGAAAGGCUGUCAAGUCCUGUCUGGUUUGUCUGUCCUCUUACUGUGAAACUCACUUCGGAGCUCACAAAGACUUAAACCCAGGCAAGAAACACAAAGUGAUUGACGCUGCUGGUAAACUGGAGGAUCUGAUCUGCUCUCGGCAUGACAAACUGCUGGAGGUCUUCUGUCGCACUGAUCAGACGUGCAUAUGCAUGCUGUGUGUCAUGGAUGAACACAGUGGACAUAAAACUGUUUCAGUCGCAACAGAGAGGACAGAGAAACAGAGAGAGCUGGGAGAGAAACAGAGGAAAUCUCAAGUGAUCAUCAAAGAAAAAGAAAAGCAAUUCCAAGAGCUCAGACAGGCUGUGAAAACUCUUCAGAGUUCUGCUGAUGCAGCAGUGGAGAACAGUGAGAGGGUCUUCACUGAGAUGAUCCGCUCCAUUGAGAAAAGACGCUCCGAGGCAACCAAGCUGAUCAGAGAUCAGGAGAGGGCUGAUGUGAGUCGAGCUGAGGAACUCAUGGAGACACUGGAGCAGGAGAUCGCUGAGCUGAAGAGCAGAGUUGCUGAGCUGGAGCAGUUCUCACAAAGAGAAAAUAACAUCCAGUUUCUCAAGAGUUUCCAGUCUCUGUGUGCCUCCACUACAUCUGACAAGUCAUCUACGUGCUCAGUGCAUACAGAUGAGCUUUUUGAGAGAGUGAGUGACGGCCUCACUCUGCUCCAAGACAAACUGCAGGAUGUGCUCCACCAGGAAAUACAGGACAUUGUGAAAACUGGUGAACAAAUCAGCAUUUUCAGACCUUCAGAGCCUGUGACCAGAGAUGAUUUCCUCAAAUAUUCCUGUCAGCUGACUUUGGACCCCAACACGGCUCAUAAUCAGCUGAUACUGUCUGAGGGAAACAGGGUUGUAGAAUUGGUUAAUAAGUGGCACUCUUAUCCUGACCAUCCAGACAGAUUUAGUAAUGUAUGGCAGGUGAUGUGUUCAGAGGCUACGUCUACCAGGUGCUACUGGGAGGUUGAGUGGUCUGGAGAUGUGUUUGUAGCUGUUUCAUACAAGGGGCUGAAGAGGAAAGGAAGUGAUACUGAUGCAAAGGUUGGGUGUAAUACAAAUUCCUGGGCACUGCUCUGCCAUUCAUAUGGGUUCUGUUUCUACCAUAAUAAUAAAGGAAUAAAUGUCCCUCAUGCUCAGAUCUCCUCUAGAAUAGGAGUGUAUGUGGAUCACAGGGCAGGAACUCUGAGCUUCUACAGUGUCAAUGCUGACACAGUGACUCUGCUGCACAAAGUGGAGACCACAUUCACUGAGCCGCUGUAUCCUGCCUUUUGGCUCCGCGAUUAUGGCAGUAAAAUAAAAUUGUGUUAGUGACAACAGGCCAACAGAACACCACAUGUGUACAUAUCAUAACAUGCCAGUGUGCGCUUUUGUGGUUUUCUUUGGAUAGGCCUAUGCAAAUGUGCUAUGUGUUGUUUAACAAUUAACAAAACUAAUGACCUUGCCUUUUUCAAAUGUA